AUGAUGGCAAGUAAGCAAUCUGCUGCUGCUGCCUUCGCGUCGGAUGAUGAGGGCCAGGACUACGAUCCCGUCCACAACUACAGCUCCGCGUCUGACUAUGAGGAGGACAGGUACCAACGUACCCAGGCUGCCCACUCAACAACGGCUCCCUCCUCCAAGACCGCUCCCGCAGCACAACAACACAAUUAUGGCUAUUCUGACGACGACAGCGAGGACGACUAUUACAACCAACAACAACAGCGACAUAGCCAACACGCAAGACAGGUCGUCUCUCCGUCCUCCGUUGCCUUGCCCACCAGCCCCGUUUCGUCCAGGGGCGGCCCAGGAGCAGGAGGUUACGACUCUUAUAACGAUCGACGGGAUUCAUACCCUACCCCUUCUUCCCACGUCGCUCCCGUUGCCGCUUCCGCUACAACUCCUGCUGCAGGCGCCACUGCCGCUACUCCUAUCUUAUCCUCCAGGAACUCAUGGGAGGAAAACGACAGUGAUGAUAAUGAGCCUUACCCAGCGGACGCAUACGACUAUGGCCAGGAAGAAGAGUCAUCGAGCGGGGACGAAUACGAGGAACGCCCUCGUAGUAGCCAGGUUCUGAAGCAACCGCAAGCGUUUCAUGGACACAGCGACCGUGAUAAUAGCGAGGAUGAGUUCGAAGAACGCCCUCGUAGCCAUCUUCAGCACCAGCAACAACAACGACAGAGCCAACAGCCAGCGGCAACAGUUCAGGGACACGAUGCAGCCGCCAGCAGUCAUUCUGAGGACGAAUACGAAGAGCGCCCCCGUAGCCAUAUUCAGCAGCAACAACCUCGGCCCUCAUCAUCGAAUCACUACCAUGCUGAUAGCCAGUCCGAGGACGAGUUCGAGGAGCGCCCUCGUAGUCACCACCAGCAGCAACAGUACAACGACCACCGCGCUGCCGACAGUCAGUCCGAGGACGAGUAUGAGGAGCGCCCUCGCAGCCACGUUCAACAGAGGCAGUCGACUCAAUCUAGCCAUGGCCAUACCGAGAUUGCUCAGGUUGCACAGAAAGAGCAGCAGGCCAAGAACCCUUACAACUACGACUCGGAUCAUUCUCGGUCGAGCUCCGAGGACCGCCGCCAGCCUACUCCCAUCUCUGCUCCAGUGGCAGCAAUAGCCCCAGUCCACCACCAGGAGGAGACGCAACAUAACGGAAGAUUUUCGACCGAGAGCUUUGACAGGCGGUCGUCGUAUGCGGAGGAGAAGGUUGUGCCUACAGUGACACAGGUAGCUCCUGUCCAUUAUGGCAGUGACAGCGACAGUGAUGAUGACUACAAGCCCGCUCUCGCCUCCCCUGUCGUCCACCACCAACAACCAAAGGAGGCUUCCUUCGGGGAUUUCGGCGAGGAGCCCCUCGCCCACAACAACAUGUUCCAGUCCUCGGCCCUUGACCCCCGCGCCUCCGUCAACUCUGCUAAAUCGUUCUCGAGCCACACUAAGCACCACUCAUUCGGGUAUGACGAGAGACCAGCUGAGCACGACGUCCCCUCCGAGUCCGAGUCCGGGUCGUCGUCCGAGGCCGAUGAGCCAGAGAAGAAGAACAAGCUGAAGGAAUUGUCGUCGACGUUGAUGAGCGCCGCCGCCGUUGCUCCCGUGUCGCCUCCUACUACUACUACCCAGGCACCUCCAAUUCCCAACAAAUCGCGUCCUACCUCCACCAUCUCGCUUGCCUCUCACAACUCGCUGGCUUCGCCACGCUCGCCUACUUUUGCCCGGUCGAUGGGAUCUCCGGUUGCUGAGCGCUUGGAGCAGCCUGCUGCCACUCGCGCUCCCGACUCACCUAUGGUCUCUGCUGCUUCUGCUCCUGUUAUUGCCGCCGCCGCCGCCGCUGUUGCUGCUGCUGCCACAGCUGCCGUUGUUGCUAGCCCACCUACAUCUGCACCUGUACCUGCACCAGUCACCCCUGCCGCUCCUAUCUCACCUCCCUCUCCACCUGCUAAAGACACCAUACCCUUGGCAGUCGACACCGUCUCUCAAAAGUCGGCCUCCUCUACUUCGUCCUUGGACGCCAGGCAGAAGGCCUCGGGAUACGACAGCGACACCUCAGGAACCUCGAUUGACCUCCACUCGCCCACCUACAAAAGCCAAUCCUCCAAGAUGACUCCUCCCAGCGUAUUCACCCGCACGUUCUCCUCCAGCUCCUCAGGAGGAGCCAAGGACACCAAGGUCAAUAAUGGCCCUGCCAGUCCCGAGAGAACCCGCCCCAUCUCAUACGCGACCGUUUUCUCGGAUGCCGAUAUGAACGAUGUCAACUUGAUGGAUGAACCCCAAGCCUCUGAUCAGCGCGCCAGCGUGGUUGUGCCUCGCACGCCUGUCACCCCUUCGGCCUUUGGCUUCGCGUCCGGCUUUUUCGGUGGAGCAGCAGCGCGGUCUCAACCUACACCACCACCACCACGACCAUUUUCUUCUUCGUCGCAGCCUCAGCAGGUUCCUCUUCCUGCUACCCCUGUUCAGGCCACACCAUCGACCCCUGUUGCACCUACCCCACCACCCAAGACAAACGACACUCGCUCUCGUAGUACGUCGAUCAGCGCCUUUGCAAGCACCAUUGGUGCCUUUGCCCGCGGCUUUUCGUCGCUGAGCCAGCCUCCCGUGCCCCCAAUGCCCGCCAGGACUCCCAGUCAGAUCAGCCAGCGCACUUCGAACGCACCUGCACCAUCCACAUUUGCCGCUUUCGGUCAGCAACAGCAGCAACAGGAUCCUCGCAACUCUUCGGCUACCAGGAGCAUGACCUCUGCUAGAGCUUCGACCAUCUCGAACGCGACCAACGAUUCCAAUAUGGACAUGCUGUUGGCGCGUUUGGAGGCCCAGAACGAGUUGUUAGCGCAGGAGUCUAAGCGUCGCGCCACUACUGAGUCUGACAUGGACCGUGCCCUGAACCAUGCCAAGGAGGAGGCCGCACCCGGCGAUGAUGUCGACUGGGACUACUGGGGAGCACUGAUGCACGAUUACAACGGCGUAGUGAGGCGGAACCCCAAGCAGCUGACAACCAUGAUCCAACGUGGCGUCCCCUCGGCUCUGCGUGGCCUGAUCUGGCAGCUGCUGGCGAAAUCCAAAGACGCUCAAUUGGAGGCAACAUUUGCAGAGCUGCUCAAGUCGACCAGUUCACACGAGAAGCAGAUCACCAGGGACAUGACCCGGACGUUCCCUAAUCACGAGUACUUCACGACCGAGGGCGGUGUGGGCCAGGAGGCACUGUUUAAUGUUGCAAAGGCUUAUAGUCUUUAUGACCCAGAAGUUGGGUACUGCCAGGGGAUCAGUUUUAUUAUCGGACCCCUCCUUUUGAACAUGCCAGAGGAGGAGGCGUUCUGCAUGCUAGUCCGGAUGAUGCAAACCUACGAGAUGCGCGGCCACUAUACCCCCGACAUGGAAAAACUCCAACUUCGCCUCUACCAAUUCGAACAACUGAUGGAGGAAACCGUGCCCAUGGUGUUCAAGCAUCUCCGAAACCAGGGCAUCCGGUCCACCAUGUAUGCGUCCCAAUGGUUCAUGACUGUCUUUGCCUACAAGUUCCCGCUCGAGUUGGUCUUUAGAGUGUACGAUAUCCUGCUUGUUGAAGGUGCCGAUGCGCUGUUGCGGUUUGCGAUUGCGCUGUUGAAGAUGAACCAUGAUCGGAUCUUGUCGUUGGACUUUGAGGUCUUGAUUGAAUUCUUGAAGCAUGGUCUCUUUGAGCCCUACAUGAAUGACGCAGGUCUGUUCAUCAGGGACGCGUACGAGGUCAAGGUGACCCCCAAGAAACUUCAACAAUACGCUCAAAAGUAUCAAGCCCUCCUCCAGAAGCAACAAGCCGAACUGGCCGCCGAAGAGAACCUCCGCGAAUCCAACCGUCUCCUCUCGACUCAAGUCCGAACCCUUGAGGGAUCCCUCCACCAACUCAACAAGGAACACGUCGACCUCGCCAAGGAGCUCAUCACGCGCAAAUUGGAUAUGGCUCAGCUAUCCGACAAGAACGAUGUUCUUGAACAGAAGGUGUCGGACUUGGUCAGGAUUGUGGAUUCACAAGGCAAGGAAGUCGAGGAGCAGUACAAGGGCGAGAUCGAGGAUGUGUUGAGGAAGAACAUGGAGAUUCUGAAAAAGAAUGAGCAGUUGGAGGAUCAGUUGGCGUACAUGGAGUCGUUGUUGGUCGAGACAAAGAUGAAAUAUGCAGAGUCUGAGAUUGAGCGCGAUUCGUUGAGUCGAAAACUUAGCGAUAUGCGCAAGGCACUCGUUUCCAUGUAA